AUCAAGACACAGCUAGAAGAGGCCAAUCCAGUAUCUGAAUUUGACCUGCCACAAGAGAAGCCAGUCGAUCUUGAGUUGGCUAGUGGGGAUGACCAGUUAAUAGGCCAACCUGAAAACACGAUCCAGGAGAUCAAGACACAGCUAGAAGAGGCCAAUCCAGUAUCUGAAUUUGACCUGCCACAAGAGAAGCCAGUCGAUCUUGAGUUGGCUAGUGGAGAUGUCCCGUUAAUAAACCAACCUGAAAACACGAUCCAGGAGAUCAAGACACAGCUAGAAGAGGCCAAUCCAGUAUCUGAAUUUGACCUGCCGCAAGAGAAACCAGUCGAUCCCGAGUUGGUUAGUGGCGAUGUCGAGUUAAUAAGCCAACCUGAAAAGACGACCGAGGAAAUCAAGGCACAACUAGAAGAGGCCAAUUCAGUACCUGAAUUUGACUUGCCACAAGAGAAACCAGUCGAUAUCGACUUGGUCACUGGAGAUGUCCCGUUAAUAAUUCAACCUGAAAACACGAUCCAGGAGAUCAAGACACAGCUAGAAGAGGCCAAUCCAGUAUCUGAAUUUGACCUGCCGCAAGAGCAGCCGGUCGAUCUUGAAUUGGUUAGUGGCGAUGUACAGUUAAUAGACCAACCUGAAAACACGGCCCAGGAAGUCAAGGCACUACUAGAAGAGGCCAAUUCAGUACCUGAAUUUGACCUGCCGCAAGAGAAAUCAGUCGACAGGUUCCAGUUAAAAAGUCAGCAUAAAAAGACGAGCCAGGAAGUGCAGGCACAAGUCGAAGAGACCGAUCCACUAUCCGGAUUCGAACUGUUGCAUGAGAAGCCAGUAGAUCGCGAUUUGGUUAAUAGAAUCGUCCAGUUUAUAAGACAGCAUGAAGACCCUACCAUGGAGGAAAAGGACUUGGCAAAACUUCUGAAGGAGGACAUCGAAAAGUGGAAUAAGAAACACUGGCAGGUUAUUGUGGCGACGGCCCAUGACCUCGGCUGCUCUGUAGGUCACAUUCCACACACUUUUGUCUUUCUCAGAAAGGCGUCCCGUGUCUACAUCCUCUACCGCGUACCCGACUACCAACAUUAA